CACCUCCAUUUCAUUUUUGCUUUGCUCUGCUGCUUCGUGUUAUUUUUAGGCCGCCUUUUUAACCGAAAACUUCUUCGUUUUUGUGGCUAAGAAAUUCGGGAAUUUCGACCAAGUCCGACCGGUUGGUAAAUCCGCAACACACGCAACUAUUUAAGGCAACGCCAUCCGGUUUUCCGGGUGACUAAUUUCUGGACUGUUGGGACCCACGCAGCGCUAAAAAAUGAGGCUGCUCUACGUCUUCCUACCGAUUUUGGCCGUUCGAUUGGCCUCCGUUUUCGUGGUCCAAACCUACUACGUUCCGGAUGAGUAUUGGCAGAGUCUGGAGGUGGCCCACAAACUGACUUUUGGCUAUGGCUACCUGACUUGGGAGUGGGUGCAGGGCAUUCGCAGCUAUGUGUAUCCCCUGCUGAUUGCCGGUCUGUACAAAAUCCUUGCCCUCCUGCAAUUGGACAGUGCCCAUCUUCUGGUCCUGCUGCCAAGGAUUCUCCAGGCUUUGCUAUCAGCCUACUCCGAUUAUCGCUUCUUCGUGUGGACUGGCAAGCGCAAGUGGGCGCUGUUUCUGAUCCUGGUUCCCUGGUUCUGGUUCUACACGGGCUCCCGAACUCUGGCCAAUACCUUGGAGGCCUCUCUGACCACGAUCGCCUUGAGCUACUUCCCCUGGUAUGGCGAAUCCACUGGUUAUUUGUGGCCAGCUGCCAUUUGCUGCUUUUUGAGACCCACGGUGGCGGUUAUUUGGCUUCCAUUAUCCCUGUAUCAUCUGCGCAAGAGUCGCCAGAAUGUCCUGGAACUGAUCCUCAAGCGAUUUGUGCUCAUCGGUUUGCUCGUCGCUGGACUCGGAAUUGCCAUCGAUACUUACUGGCAUGGUCAGUUGAUUGUGACCCCGUACGAGUUCCUCAAGUACAACAUCUUCAACAACAUCGGCAGCUUCUACGGCUCGCAUCCUUGGCACUGGUACUUCACCGUGGGUCUGCCCACUGUCCUGGGAGUCAACACGUUGCCGUUUAUCUUCGGCGUGAUGGAAACUGUGAGGAAGUCGGAGAAGUACCCGGUUAGCAAGCAGCUUUUGAUUACCAUCUUCCUGACUCUGGUUGUCUUGAGUGCCGUGGAGCACAAGGAGUUCCGAUUCGUGUCCUCGCUGCUGCCCCUCUGCUUGUAUGUAAUUACGGAUGCCUUGUCCCGGUGGAGCUAUAGAGCCUCGCGCACAAUGCUGUGGACCACUGCUUUGGUGAUCCUGGUCGGCAAUGUCCUGCCCGCCUGGUAUUUGAGCACAGUUCACCAGAAGGGACCCAUCGAGCUAAUGCCCAAGUUGAGGGAGAUUGCCCAGGAAUACAGGGAUGAACGAGAGCAUCAGGCGAAUAUUCUGUUCCUGAUGCCGUGCCAUUCCACGCCAUACUACAGUCACAUCCACCAGAACGUGACCAUGCGCUUCCUGACCUGUGAACCGAAUCUGGAGAAGAAGGAGCAAUACAAGGACGAGGCCGAUCGCUUCUUCGAGGACCCCGUGCACUGGAUCAACUCGCAUAUACCCGUGCACCCACUCACCGCUCUGCCCACCCAUGUGGUUAUGUUCGAUCCGCUGGCCGAGAACAUCAGCGUGUUCCUGCGCAACUACCGGCUGCUCCAUCGCAUCGAGCACGCAGAGGUAAUCCGGCUGGAGGGCUCGCAGGCUCUGGUGGACGAGUGGUCGCAGGCACUGGGCGCCCAGUCACCUAAUCUCGCCUCUCUAUUGCAGCAUCGCCAAUCGCGCACAGGUCGCUCUAUUUUGGUGUACCAGCGCUUAAAGAAGGGCGAGGAGAAUGCAUUUAAUCAGAAGGAUCAGGAACAGGAUGUCCACGACCAUCCACCUCUGGAGGAUCUCCCAUUGGCCAACGAGAAUCUUUUCAACUAGAUGGUAGAGAUACAGAAAACGAAACCCACCACCUCAGCCCUCCGUUCAGAAGCAAGACGCAAUGACACACUUAAUAUUAACUCAACAAUACAAACGUAUAUUUUGUAUCCAUUUUUGGCCUUAGCAAAAGUUUUUAAAACGUCGCGCGAAAAGAACUGAAAAAAAUCAGAGAAAACAAUUGAUAUUUGUAGGCGCAUUUUGUGUACUUUGUGCUAGUUGAUAAUGUGUAAGCCAUCUGAGUAUUUAGACGUUAAAAGGUCUAAAAAGAGGCAAUAUAUUUUACGUAGACGAUACCGCACUUGAUCUGUCCUUUCUUUAAUUUCUCAAAAUAAAGGUUCAGUUUGAGUGAAUAAA